AUCUACCUAAUUAGUUGGGCACUGAAAUUUCAGAACUUAAUAACUUGUGUUUGUGUCUGCAUCUGUCUCACUGAGGGUGUGACCUGAGUCUAUCCCACAAGAAUUCCCUGGGAAUCCCUGAAGACAGAGCUUGUCGCUCUCCCAUCAGACUAGAGAAUACCAUGAGGAAAAGGGUGUGUCUGAUGCGGCUCCGAGGUCAGGGCUGCGUUUCCUCCAUUAGACCGGGGCUCCCUGAGGGAUAAACCUGCCUCCUCCAACAGACUGAAAGCUCCCUGAGGGAGGGGCCUGUAUCUCCCCCAUAAUACUGGGUGCCAGCUGUUUUCAGGGCUGGUGAACCACCCUUCAGACUGGGGCAAGCUCCCCGAGGGUGGGGCUGUAUUUCCCCCUCAGUCAUGUGGGUUCCAUGACAGCAGGACAAUAUCCACGUCACCCUUCACCACGAUCUUCAACGUUCAUGAUGCUUCUCCCUCUGCUCUUGCCAGACCUUAUUCCACAAGCCUUGUCUCCCCAGGCCCCCCCGCUGAGCGUGCAUACACAAAAAUGAGGCUCCUUGAAGGGGAGACUCUGUCUGUGCUGUGCUCCUACAAGGGCUACAGAAACCGCAUGGACGGCAAGGUUUGGUGCAAAGUCAGGAGGAGGAAGUGUGAGCCUGGCUUCACCCGAGUCCGGGUGAAGGGACCCCGCUACUUGCUGCAGGACGAUGCCCAGGCCAAGGUGGUCCACAUCACCAUGGCGGCCCUCACGCUCCAGGACUCUGGCCGAUACUGGUGCAUGCGCAACAGCUCCGGGACCCUGUAUCCCAUGCUGGGCAUCCAGCUGGAUGUGUCUCCAGGUGGAAAGCUGGUGCAGGAAAAUAUCAGCCAAUACAUGUGCCAUAGUAGGGGACAGUCCCAGGACAGUGGCAUGGGAGCCUCGAUACUUCAUCCAGGAUGAUCACUUCUAUGGCAACUUCACCGUCACCAUGACUGAGCUCAGAGAAGAGGCCUCGGGAUUCUAUGGGUGUGGAAUCUCUCAAUCCCCUGAGAUCUCAUUCAUCAGAAUCAUCUGCCUGGUGGUAUCUCAAGGUGAGUUCUGUCCCUUCUUAUUGGUGGGUCUCAGACCUCCUGAAUCACAAGGCAUCAGAGCUGGAGAGGAUCCUAGAAAUCUUCUCCUUCCACCCUCUCAUUGCUGAAAACUGGGGGCAUGGAGAAGAAAUCCCUUGGCCCGAGGUCACCGCUGCUGAAGGGCAGAGCCAGGCCCAGAACGCAGGCCUGCUGGCUUUUGGCUCUUCCUUCCACAUCACACGUAUUUCCCUUAACAUUUUUGCUGCUACUAACAGGACUCCUCCAUGUAUUUGGAAUGAGAUUAAAGCUUCCCCAUGCUCAAGCAGAAAGGGCUUAAUGGUCCAUUCCAGACAUACCUACCCCUGACCCUAACUCCCAGCUGUAGUCAAGAAAGUCCACUGAGUAAUGGGGUGGGUGUAGAAAUAUGACACAGGAGACAGCUAGGCAAUGAGGCUGACAUGAGACUUAGGGGGUGAGGCUAGGAGGCAGAGCAGCCUGGGGCUCAGAGGCCCUGAGUCCUCCCCCCGGACCUGCCCCUAUCAAUUGAAUGUCAUUAACUUUCAAAAUGAGAAGUUAGGGGUCACCACUGCGCCUGAGGCCCCUGGGCACUCCUCCUGAAAUUAGAGUUGCCAACCUCUCCUGCCUUUUUCUGUCUUGGUCAGGACCCCUCCCUACUGCUGAGUGUGCCCAGCCACUUGGUCAAAUGGGCACCUAGAGGACCCCAAUAAGCUUCUCUGUCUUCAGUGCCCAAGCUUUGGCUCACUGCCCAUUCCCGGUAGGGCACAGGGCUAGGUUAGGCCCUGGAUAGGGACUCAAAAGCCUUGAGAUCCCAUCCUGAGCUGGAGGAGCCCACAGCUGAGCUAGAGAAACAGCAUGUGAUGAAGGGUUAUGAUGCAAGGUGAUAGGUGGCAUUAGAGAAAUAUGGUGGAUGGAAGAAUAAUGAAAGAUGGAAAGGAGGGGGAAGGUUUAAAUUCCUAGCACCAGGGGAAUUUUAAUCCUAAGAAAACAAGGCACAUAUAGAAUACAUUAAUAAAAGCUAACCUAUAAAGCAAUAUGCCAGAGGCACAGGUGAAUGCAAGGUAGAAUGAAUGAUAUGAGGUAGAGUAAUCAAGAAUUUAUUCUUGAAGAAGUUGGGGGCAUAUGGAUUGGUGAAGAAUAGCAGUUCCAAUAAAGUGAAUAGCCUGAAUAUUUCUUUUUUCUUCUUUCUGCCUUUCCUCCCUCCCUCUUUUCCUUCUGUCCUUCCUGACUCUAGCCUAGGCUCACCACACACUAUUCUCAGGUUAUAGCAAAAGAAAACCCUGCUGCUUGGCCAUGUCUAUUUCCUUCCUUAGCUCCAUUUACCCUAACACUUACCCAUCCACCCACUCAUCCAUCUUUUCAUCCGCUUAUCGCUUAUUCUUCCUACAUCCUAUCCAUUCUCCCGCUCAUCCGUCUCUUCUUCCAUCUAUUUAUCCACCCACCUAUUCAUCCAUCCACCUAGUUCCAAAUAACUUAUCUAUUAAAUCACCCGCUUAUCCAUCCAUCCAUUCAUCCAAUGUGCCUUUUCACAGGUCUCUUAGGUACUCCUGCCUCCAAUGUGAAUCCUACCCAGAACAUGCCUCAGACUCCCACAGUUCUUACUACCCACUAAGGCCCUGAGCCCACUGUAUAUCAGCCCAAGAACCAUGACCCAACCUCCACCCAAGUCAACUGCUGAUGUCUCCACUCCUGGUCCACAGUCAACAAUAAAAAUGGGACAAAUGUCAUAUGAUUUCCCAGCCUCUGGGCCCUGGAUUUGGACACUGAGCCGGUUGUUCCCCAGUCAGUGUGCUGAGAGGUUGAGGGAGUGAGAGAAAGGGGAGGGUGGGGCAGGAGCAGACCUGAGUCACAUUAGUCUGGGUAGAAAUGUCCAGGGAAGAAGGAGGUGGUGAUGGAGAAUAGGAGAGGCUCUCUCUCAGCCAGGCUGUCCUUCUCCCCAGUUCACCUUCCUUGCUUUCUUGCAACCUGAGUAUUAAGGAGAGGGUAAUGGCAUCUUCCCCAUAUUCCAGUGGACCCCAUCCAACCCCAGGGGCUGGAUGGGUAGUGGGAAAGCAGUCUCUGAAUGAGGGACCCUGGAUCUAGUGUCAGCCUGACUGACUGACUGUGACUUUGUGUGAGUCAGGAGCCCUCUCUGGCUUCAGCUUCCUUGUCAAUUCAAUAGGCAUGCUAGAAGCCCAGAGCUGAAGACAUUGUCCACCUAACAGCUCUCAGCAGGAGCCACAUGUUAGCACUAAAUGCAGUAUUGGUUUUUGCUUUGUUUGGUUAGUUUUUUUAAAAAGAAUACUGAUGUGUGUGCUCUCAUACACAGACCAAUAGAAUUGGAAUUUCUGGAAAUAAAGCCCAUCUCAGUACUUUUUAAUAAACACCUCAGAAAGAAAUUCAGAGAGGAAAGGACAAACAAACUGAGGAAUGAGAAAGAAUAAAAACUCUAUCUUUUGAAAUAAAAAAUUUAAUGUGAUUUUUCCCUUUAAGAAGAAAAAUUUGCAUUAAUUAAAUGAAAACUAUCAUUCAAGCUACUUAAGUAUAAAAGCACAUUGUGCUAUAAAAUAUUUAACCUGUAUUAAUAAGAAGCUAAGCUUAUAACAAGAAACUGAAUGCUUCUCAGUUGACUACUUACAUUGAGGCAAAAGCCUAUAAAGCAGCAUUUCCUAUGAUGGUGGAAUGUUCUCUGUCCCUGUCCAACAUGGAUAGCCACUAGGCAUGUGUGAUAAUUGAGCACCUGACCUGAGACAAGUGAGAGUGAAGGACUGUAAUUUCUAUUUAUCAUUUAAUUUUUAUUAAUUUAAACGUAAAUAGCCCCUUUGACAAAACUUUGGGAGUAUUUUAAGGCAACUUUAGGACUUAUUGAGAAGUUUGUUUGAAGGUAGGUCUUUCAAAGCAGGGGCUGGGCUAUGAUUAAGCAAAGAUCACAAUCAAACAGUACAGGAUUGGUAGAAACAAUAAGAUGAGGAUCCUUUUUUUUUUUUAACUUUAGAUUCUGGAGUACAUGUGCAGGUCAUGUAGGGUUGUUGCAUAGGUGCAUACAUAACCAGGUGGUUUGCUGCCUCUAUUCCCCCUUUGAUU